AUGUUUUUUGUAAAAGAUUUUUUGCAAAAGAUUCACUUAAGUCCGAGUUACCUUGGACCGAAUAUACAGGUAUUGAUAAAAGAAUAUCUGCUGUCAAAAGUAGAAGGAUCAUGUGGAUCGGAUGGAUAUAUAGUUAUGGUUCUUGGAAUAGAUGAGAUAGGAGACAGCAGGGUGUUGUUAAGUGGAGAAACGAUAUUUACUGUGAAGUACAAAGCGCUUACGCUUAAGCCGUUGAAAGGUGAAAUAAUUGAUGCAAGUGUGGUUGAGACAAAUAAAAUGGGAGUGUUUGCAUCUGUAGGACCGCUCACAGUGUUUAUAUCAAAUCAUCAGAUUCCUAAUUUUCUACUGGAGAACGAAAUAUCAAAGAACACUAUGAUUAGACUGAAAAUAAUUGGGACAAAGAUAGAUUCUACGAAGAUAUAUGCGGUGGGUACAUUGAAUGAUGAUUCAUUGGGAAUUAUUUGCUGA